AUGGAAGCCGAACAAGGAAAUCUCGAAUCCGAAGACGAAGUCGUCGAACCGGAAUCCGAAGAGGAAGUUGUCGAGCCCGAAUCCGAGGAGGAAGUUGUCGAACUCAAAUUCGAUGAAGAAGUAGAUCUCGGCUCCAAUUCCGAUGUCAACUCCGAAUCUGAGGAGGGAGAGGUCAGGGAAGAAACACCGACGGUACCCCCGGCUAAGAGAAGACGUGUCUCUGCCAAAACUCAGGAACCAUGGCUUUCUUUGACAGCCGCUCUAAUAAACUCGGUAGGCUUAUGA